CGCGCAUGCGCGGCGCAGCCUGCGGAGGCCGGGCUGUGAAACUCGUUGACCGGCUGCGAGCUCCGGACACGCCGCGGGUCCUCCUGCUGGAGUACCGGCCCGAGUCGGUCUGGGAUGGUUUUUAAAUCGAAGCAAGAGGGGGAGAGUGAAGAAGUAAAGGCAACUCGGAGAGAAGUCAUUUUUUACUGCUGGGGGAAAGAGGCUAGAGACUGUGCAGGCGCGUGACGCAGAGCGCCAAAGGUUUAAAACAAGACUGCCAUAUCCAGCGGGCAGCGGAGUGAGAGCGAGCGGAGUGCGACGGCUUCGGCGUCAACAGGCAGAGGCGAGGGUCGGUUCCGGGCAUCGGUGAUGGACUGUUCACAUACAGGGAUUUCCAACCAAAGAGUGGGUCAGGACUGGGCAGAGUCUUCUGAUCCGUCUGGACGUCUUCAGCCUUUGGACAGGGGAGACGGGAGUCCCGUUCAGGGCGGGGUGAAGCGGUACACGUGCUCCGAGUGUGGACGGGCCUUCAGCCGAGAGUCUCUCCUGUCGAAGCACCGUUGCCAGCUCACCGGGGAGAAGCCGUGGAAGUGCGGGGACUGCGGGAAGGGCUUUAACUACCCGUCCCAGCUGGAGAUCCACCGCCGCAGUCACACCAGGGAGAAGCCGUUCAUCUGCUCCACGUGCGAACAAGGAUUCUACUGCCUGUCCAACCUCACCACGCACCAGAGGUUCCACACGGGGGAGAGGCCGUUCGUCUGCUCCGAGUGCGGGAAGGGCUUCAGCCAGCCGUCCAACCUGCUCAGGCACCAGCGGUUCCACACCGGGGAGAGGCCGUUCGCCUGCUCGGACUGCGGGAAGGGAUUCACCCUGCCCUCCCAGCUGGCGAGGCACCGGUGGGUCCACACCGGGGAGAGGCCGUUCGCCUGCUCCGAGUGCGGGAAGGGGUUCACGCUCUCCUCCCAGCUGGUGAGGCACCAGCAGGUCCACACCGGGGACAGGCCGUUCACCUGCUCCAAGUGCGGGAAGGGCUUCACUCAGUCGUCCUCCCUGCUGACGCACCAGCGGGUCCACACCGGCGAGAGGCCGUUCGCCUGCUCGGAGUGCGGGAAGGGCUUCGCUCAGCUGUCCAACCUGGUGACGCACCGGCGACUGCACACCGGGGAGAGGCCCUACACCUGCUCCGUGUGUGAGAAGCGAUUCGCCUACUCGUCCAACCUCUGGAAGCACCAGCGGAUUCACAAGCCAAUGAAACCAUUUCCAUGUUCCGAAUGUGGGAAGAACUUUAAACAAUCCAGUGAUCUCAUAAAACACAAGCGAGUUCACACCGGGGAGAGGCCGUUCACCUGCUCUGCGUGUGGGAAAGGAUUCACUCAGUCAUCCUCCCUGCUGACUCACCAGCGCGUUCACACCGGGGAGCGGCUGUUCAGCUGCUCUGACUGCGGGAAGAGAUUCAGUCGGUCAUCUUCCUUACUCACCCACCAGCGAGUUCACACCGGGGAGAGGCCGUUCACCUGCUGUGAGUGUGGCAAGGGAUUCACCGAGUCAUCCAGCCUGCUGCGACACCAGCGGGUCCACACUGGGGAGAGGCCCUUCACCUGCUCCGAGUGUGGGAAGAGAUUCACCCGCUCGUCCAGUCUGAUUACGCACCAGCGAAUUCACACCAGUGAGAAGCUGUUCACCUGCUCCAAGUGUGCAAAGAAAUUCACACAGUCGUCCAAGUUAGUGACGCACCAGCGCGUUCACACCGGGGAGAGGCUUUUCACCUGCUCCGAGUGCGGCAACGGAUUUGAUCAGUCAUCUCACCUGGUAGCCCACCAGCGAGUUCACACUGGGGAGAAGCCGUUCAUCUGCACUGAGUGUGGGAAGGGAUUCACUUGGUCCUCCAGCCUUCUGAGACAUCAGCGAGUUCACACCGGGGAGCGGCCGUUCACCUGCUCCAAAUGCGGGAAGGGCUUUUCCCAGUCUUCAGACCGCCUGAUACACCAGCGGGUCCACACUAGGGAGCAAGUUUAAAUGUCGGAGAGAGGGUAACCUGGGAGGAGGAAUCAGUGAGGGAGAGUCUGGUGCACGGUUCAGCCCGGUGUGCUGAAAUCUUCCAGCAGGUGGUGUUGCUGUGAGGGUAAAUGCGCUGGAUGCAGAAUAUUUAAACCUCGGCUGCUGAGGGCCCGCGGAGGUUCGGAUGCUGCAGUUGAUUUCUGUAUCGCUGUAACGGACUGAUAUUUCCUGCUCCGGGAUGGACUGUACUGGCGUUGCCCGUCGCUGAUGCUGGUGUUACCACCCGGCCUUCCGGAUGCCCGCAGACACCCUCCUCUCCCAGAGCAGCGCUCCAGUGAUGGACUGCCUCUGCCUGAGGGAGACCCUGGAGGGGAGGAGGGACCGGGGUAGGGGGUCAGUUCGUCAUUGCAUCGUAGAACGUAUUUAUCCAAAUAAAACUUUGGAUUUUUGCAACCUUGUUAAUGGUGCAAUUGCCAGCUGGAGUGGAUUUACUGAUUUAGCUCAUUCAGAAGUUAUACUUCCAUUUUAUUUUUAUUUGGGGAGGGCGGCACGGUAGCGCAGUGGUUAGCACAACGCUUUACAGUACAGGCGACGUGGGUUCAAUUCCCGACGCUGCCUGUACGUUCUCCCCGCGACCACGUGGGUUUCCUCCGGGUGCUCCGGUUCC